GUAAGGUGGCGCGCUACUUUGAGCGUGGCGUCUGGUGCCGAGCUGACGCCUCCUCCCUCCGCUGCAGCGGGAGAGCCAGCCUGGAGAAGGGACUGUCGGGAUAGUCGGAAGUGAGGGUCUGGGAAGGGGAGUGGUUCGGGGCUGCUGCGCAGCGCGCCAGGUUUCCGCAGCAGCCCUGCACCCCUCCGGGUCGCCUCCAAACGCAACGCUGCAACCAUGCCCCUCCACGUGAGCCUCGCCAACGGCAACCGCGACCUGGACUACGACUCGGUGCAGCCAUACUUCAUGUGCGACGAUGAGGAGGAGGACGUGCACCAGCAGCCCCCGCAGCCGCCAGCGCCCAGCGAGGACAUCUGGAAGAAAUUCGAGCUGCUGCCCACGCCGCGCCCGUCCCCGGGCCACCCGGGCCUCUACUCGCCUCCCUGCGAAGCGGUCGCCGCGUCUUUCUCCCCCAGGGAUCACGACGGUGAUAGCUUCUCCACCGCAGAUCUGCCCGAGCUGCCAGGAGACGCGGUGAAGCAGAGCUUCGUCUGCGACCCGGACGACGAGACCUUCGUGAAGAACAUCAUUCUGCAGGACUGUAUGUGGAACGGCUUCUCGGCCUCCGCCAAGCUGGUGUCCAAGCUGGACCCCUACCAGGCUGUGCGCAAAGAAGGCGCCAGCGUGAGCCCGGCCGCCGACGUGGAGCCUGCUACGCCUCCAGACUGCACCUGCAACACCUGAGCGCACAGCACCGGGGCUUUGGACUGUAAGCUUCAGC